AUGCGGUUCGGUAAAAAGGGAAAGCUAAGUCUAAGGUAUGUCAGUCCCUUUUUAGUGACGGAGGUCGUAGGUCCGGUCGCUUAUAGAGUCAAAUCACCAUCUAACCUAGCCGGUGUACACGACGUAUUCCACGUUUCCACGCUGCGAAAAUACGUGCAUGACCCAUUACACGUAAUCGACUUUGAACCUUUACAAGUUCAAGCAGAUUUGAAAUAUGGAGAGAAGCCGGUGCAGAUCUUGGAUCGGAAAGUGCAACAACUGAGGACAAAGACAAUACCACUAGUGAAAGUUCUAUGGCAGAACCAUGAAGUAGAAGAAGCGUCUUGGGAGUUAGAACAAGAGAUAAGAAGCAAAUACCCGUACCUAUUCCCGUGA